AUGGCGACGAAACUCCAGGUCCCGCCGUCUUCAUCCAUCGUCAACGUCUCCAUCAUCGACAGCACCGCCCGCCUCCACAACCUCCCUUACUAUGUCGCGAUGACACCGCUGUACCCGGGCUACGAGCGCAGCUCCAACCUGCCAUGCUACGUCUUUUUGAUCCAUCACCCACCGACAAACACACGGGUGCUGUACGAUCUGGGCCUGCGCAAGAACUUCCGCACACAUCUGAACCCGCACCUUGUCCGAAAGAUGGCGCCGCUGGGGAUGGAAUUCAGCGUGGAGAAGGACACGGCCGAGAUCCUGGUGGAGGGCGGUCUCGAUCCGGGGGAUAUCGACACAAUCGUCCUCUCGCACCACCACUUCGACCACGUCGGCGACACGACAAAGUUCCCUCCCACGACGAGGCUGGUGGUCGGCCCCGGGACGAAGGAGAAGUACUGGCCUGCAGGUGGUGGGUAUCCCGAGGAUUUGGAGAAUCAGGAUUCGACGUCGGACACGUACGCCGGGCGCGAGGUCGUGGAGCUGGCGUUCGACAACGACCGCAGCGGCGACCCUCCCCGGGGGCGGGUGGUCUGUGAGAUUGGCGGGUUCAAGGCGUUGGAUUACUUUGGCGACGGCAGCUUUUAUUUACUUCACACGCCGGGACAUACCGCGAACCAUAUCUCUGCGCUGGCGAGGACGACGGCGCCGGCGACGGCAGGGCCGGGACGUGACGAGAACUCAACCUUCAUCCUCAUGGCCGGCGACCUCGUGCAUAGCUGCAUGAGCUUCCGCCCGUCGAGGGGGUAUCCGCUUCCCGAAACCAUCGUGCUGGAACCACAAGAAGCCACUAUUAGUGCUCCAUCCUCGUCCCAUCCCCCGUCUCUAGAAACCGAAGCCCUAGCCCGCCACCACCGCCUCUACCGACCCCCGUCGUCGCCCUCGACAUCUUCUCUGGCCGAUGCGCGCACCCAACCAUUCAGCCUGAUCCCGGCCGCGGUGGAAGAAUCCCCCCCGCUCUCCCAGCGCAACGCCAACAUCCUCGCGGAAUAUUUCGACGCCGACGACAACGUCUUGGUCAUCUACGCCCACGACGACAGCUUGCUCGACGGCGUGCUGGAGUUUUGGCCACAAAGCGAUGCCAACGCCUGGAAGGAGAAGGGGUGGGGGACGAAAGCGCAUUGGCGGUUUUUGCGGAGGAUGGUGCAUGCACUUAAGGAGGAGGAGGAGGGUGGGUGA